AUGGCCACUUUUGAAAUCUACGAGGUUCCAGCAUCUCUGACCUUUCAGGAUUAUGUGAAUAUCUGUCAAUGCGCAAGGACGCUUGCCGACGGUUAUGACCGCAAGGACAAGGCGCGUGUCUACGCAUCGCUAACUCCGGAUGAGGUGGUGGUCGACUAUUCCAAAGUGAACAAGGAAUGGGGCCGCAUUUCGUACACGACGCAAAAGUUUGUUGACCUGUGGAUGGGUCCCGAGCACCUGGGCGUCAAGGCCCUGGCCACGCAGCACUUGCUGGGCAUACCCUACUUCAAGUCGGUCACGGAUGAAGAGAUUGUGGUCGAGUGGCAUCAGUUGGCCAGCCACGCCAGACGGGAGAAGGGGGCUGACCACUCUGACCCCAUGGCCAAGAUCGUGGAGACUAGCGAUGGACGUAGCUGGAUGCAGCAGAAGUAUGUCAAGGUUGGCACAGCCUGGAGAAUUCGGGAGAUCAGGCCCGAGGCCAUUUACCACACUGGCGAUUGGCAACAGGUCAGAAGAGCGGAUGAAGAGUAA